UACAGAUACAAACUGAUGAACACAGUUUCACAACACUGGUCGAAGACAUCAUCUCCCACAAGAGAGCUACAAACCGAGAGAGAUAAAGGGAUUGGUUGAUCACAGUUUUGUCCGUCACAGCAUCAUCAGGUGAGGAUGGAUGAAGCGACACCUUUGAAACCUCCCACAGUUGCAGAAAUGCUCCACAGGAGGGCGAACGCCGGUCAAAACACAGACACGCCAUCUUCCACACAAAGGGAAUCAAACCCGAACCAGCAACAGCCACAACAUCACCUCCCGCCCGUGAUGGCGAACCCCACCCAGCCCCAGACGCAGGCUCAUCAGAAUCCCCUCAACAUAAACCUCCUGCCAGGUGUUCACCCUCCUCCGCUCAGCUUCCAGACGCUCUCAACAGCCGCCGGGUUCCAGCCUGAGUUCAGGCCACUACGGCUCCCAGGGUUCAUGCUGACCCCCUGCUCCAAUCAGGGGACCUGCUGGAUGAACAUGAGCUCUGUCCCCUCCACGCCCAGCUCCGUGUUUCUCCAGUGCACCUGUGCGAUGGUCCCACACGGGCCAUUUCUCCCCCCUCCUCCCUGCUUCCCCCUGCCUGAUGUUCACCACAGCUGUUACCUCCGUCCACAGGCUGCACCCGUCCAUCAGCCCUGCGCUCCGGGCCCGUUAACAAGGGGGGCAGGAGAGCUGGUCAGCGAGCAGUUAAACGCAUCGCCAAAGCCUGCAGCAUCCGAGGAAGAGGAGCGUAACAAGGAGGCCGAGUCAGAAGAAAAACAGCAUAAUGAUAAGGACAAACUACAAGCGAACAACACAGACAAUGAAACAACACAGUUCACGGUUUCUCCUGGAUGUCUGCCCUUUCUGGACGAGCAGUCGCUGGCAAAACACACCUUAGAGGAAUACAUGACGAUCAUGGACUCCAUCUGUCCCAACACCAAUGAAAACAUGGAGGUCAAAGAGAAUGAGGAAAACAAGGAUGGAGAAAGGGAGAACCAGGAGGCAGAAAAUACAUCUUUUCUCGAGUAUCUGGACAAACUGAGCAGCGAUGAGGACUUUGUCAGAAAUGUGGAGUCAAACCUGGAUAUGGAUUUCCUGAAUCUCCUCUUGUCUGAUGACCCAGAGCCACCUGACCUUCUCACAUGGUUGCAGGCUGAUCUAGGAUUAGAACAAGAGCCACCAAAUCAAUUCUCUGUUGACUCCACCGUCAAUCCUGUGACUGACACAUUUCAGGUGGGGUGGACACUGAAUAGAGAUGACCUGGACCCCCUCCUUCCCUCUGAGUCCCUCAACUUUUUUGCACCAGAAGAACAAGGACAAAAGCUGGGGUCGACGAUGAGAACCAAGAACCUGGACUCCCCCAUCUCUCCAGAUCCAGGGCCCCUUGACUUUAUUCCACUAAAAGAACUACAACAAGAGGCGUUUGAGGUGACCCUACAGGAACAAUUACAUCAACUGUCUGCUGACUCCAACAGCGAUCCUGUAACUGACGAAACACCUGAGGUGACUGUACCUGUCGAGGAAAGAGCUCAGACACCUGUUUUGGAUCUUCCUAUGUCUCUUUUGGAGGCAACAGACCAAGAUGCACUGGCAGCUUUACUUUUUGCAGAUGACAUUAGUCCAUAUGUGUCAGAAGAUGCCUCAGUGUCUCUCUCAAACUUUGCAAUGACUCAGUCAACUGAGUCGCCUCAGAGGAUCCAGAGUGGAACUCUACCUGUGGAUCCUCCUGCUUCAGAGUCCAACACAACCUCCAGUGUUGCAGGCCCUCGUGCCAUUGCCAGAAAUGAUCCUGCACCUAGUUUCAGAACCGCUUCACUGACUGACAGUCCACCAGAGUCAGCUAGCCCUCCACCUCUGAGAGUCCUGGCCAGGAAAACACUUGGUUCAGCCCAGAUAAGGGAGAUUGAGCAACAAUGUAGCCCCACAAACAUAAACCCAAAGUCCACUUCUCUUAAAGAUACACCCCACCCAACCAAAGACGACCGUAAUGAUGCAAUCCUUGUGCCAGAUUCACAUUCAGACUCCUGUGAUGGCAACUCCUCAGGCUUGGUGCCUGAAAAACAGAUGUCAGAGGCACCAAAAGGACUGCAAGUUUCUCAAGAAUUAGUGUCACCUAGUAUUGUCUCUGAAAUCCGGACAAGAGAGGGGCGUGACAUCAAGAAAACAGAAGUGACGAAAAAGAAAACCGCUACAAAAGCAGGAGGAAGAGGGGGUGACUGAAAUGAGUUUUGAAAAGAUGGAAGAGAAUAAAGAGAGUGACACCAAACUCACUGACAAAAUCAGACGUAGUCAGAGGCUGUCGGAUCAAAAUGAAAAAGAGAAAGUAGGAGUCGAUGGUGAAUUCAAAACGGAAAGAGCAGAGGAGAGGAAACCAAAUGAAAAGAGCAUUAAGAAAACAGCUAAAUUCACCCCAGAGAAGGACGGGGUAAUUUAUGAAAAACCGAGCAGACAGCCCUCAGGAGGGAGGCAAUUAUGUAAAAGAGAGGAGAGUAAUUGUGAGGAGCGGAGCCAAGGAGCAAAAAUAACACACACAGUCAAGCAAUUAGAGGAAAAACAUCAAAACCUCACAGAGGAGAUAGAGAAACUCAAGGUGGAGGCAGAGGAACAGUGUGAGACUGAUGACUCCAAUUUCUACACCAAAAUAGAGUUAGAAAACACCAAAACACCACAAAAGAAAAGCAAGAGGGACGAGGGGAGAGUUAAAAGACAAGAGGAACAGAUUCAAACGUCCAGUUUUUUAAAGAGAAGAACUAGGAGAUUAACUGCUGAUGAAAAGGUGCAGCUGACUCCUCUUCCUGCUGCUAGAGACAGAAGGAAAGUCCAACUCUCUGAGAUGGAGAGAAGUGGGAUAAAGACCUCACCUCAAAGAGAAAUGCAGGAUGAACUAGAGGGAAAUGUAGAGGAGGAGAGUGCAAACAAAGAGUCUGUGUCAAGUCCGGUUAAAAGAAGAAGAAAUAGGGAGAGAUGAGGAGGAGAGUGGUGAGAAAGCUAAUGAUGCAAAUAAGGACAACAACAGUCCCGUCCUUCCACCUGUAUUAUCAUCUCCGCAGAGUCCAAGAGUUCAGACAGAUACUCCACUGACAAAAGACAUGAUUAAGGUUGACCAAGGCGGCCAGGAAGCUCCAGGGGAAGCACUGCUGAAUGAGAGACAUGAGCUUAAGCUUCCUGUCUCCAGCCCCGAGUCACCAUCUGUGAAAACCUCUGAGGAAAAUCCAACAUUACCCCUGGUUCUGCAGACAGAGAAUACCACAGGGAUUCACCAAGGACAUGAGGGCCGAGGCAACAUGUCGCUCGUCUAGUCCCAGACCAAGUCCACUCCAGACUACCGAUGUGAAAAGUGAGGGGGAGGAGGAGCAGCCAAGCCUUCCGCUGAGUCCGAUGAAAAGACAUCGGCAGGAAUGUGGGGCUUCUGAGGAGACGGAGAGGAGGGUGAAUGAGACCGAAAAGCAGGGGAUUGAAGCGGAAAUCCUCAAGAGUCCAAUGAAAAGGGCGAGGUGGAAGGAACAAGGCAGAGGUAAACUCCAGGAGAGCUGAAGAGCAGGAGCAAACACAGAUGGAUAACGGCGACGAGAGGUCCACAAGCAAGGAUGAAACAUUUGCUGUUCGUACGCCGAACACAAGGAGUAAAACAAGGGCUGAAAUCAUUUCAGAUCCAUCAAAGUUGACUGGACAAGAAAGUGAAAAAAAUCCAAGCAAGACUCCCUCAAAAGAAGAGAGCGGUGCAAUGAAAACCAGAUCUCAGAGUCUCGGGGGAAUCCAGGUCUCACGUUUUCCUUGUAAGAGACAGACACUUUCUGCAAAGUUACCU